AUGACCGAAUUUCACAUUGUCAAUUCGAAUGACCUCGUUCCCGGCGCCGAAGCCCCACCCCCGGAAUUCAGCUUGAGAGCUCCCCCCGCCACAGACGUCUGGUCCAAACCCCCCUCGACCAACGCAUUCAACGCUCCUAUAUUCUAUCAAUCUAUCUCCCUCAACUCGUUCAAACGCGCCCGUGUCGCAGUCGCUGCGCAGUGGACGCAGAAAUAUGACCAGGGUGGCCUUAUCAUCGUGCUGAACAACGUAGAUGGAUCCCAGAAGUGGGUGAAGACUGGUAUCGAGCUCACCAAUGACAAGCCACACUUGAACGUCGUUGCGAAGGACCGCUGGGCGGACUGGAGCUUGUUGCCCGUCCCCUCUGGAGGAAAAUCUGCGACCUUGGAGCUCGUCCGGGAGGCGGAUAACAGUUUGUGGAUUUAUCUUGUGGAGGGAGUGCAGAAGAAACCCAUUCGAGAGGUUACUUGGAUUUUUGAGGAGACAAAUGUGCAGGAAACUUGGGUUGGCGUAUAUGCGGCGCGGCCGUCGACGGAGGGUGGAGAGUUGAUAGUCCACUUUGGGCAUCUGAUUAUCGAGUCUGUGGGGGGCAAGGAAUGA